AUGGUCAACACAGAGUCAAACAACGUCAACACAGAGCCACACAAGGUCCACACAGAGCUACACAAGGUCAACACUGAGCCACAACAAGGUCAACACAGAGCCAGACAUGGUCAACAGAGCCACACAAGGUCAACACAGGUGCCACACAAGGUUAGCACUGAGCCACACAAGGUCAACACACAGCCAAGCAACAUCAACACAGAGCCACACAAGUACCACACAGAGCCACACAAGGUCAACUCAGAGCCACACAAGGUCAACACUGAGCCACACAAGGCCAAUGCAUUCCAUGCAAGAGCCACACAAGGUCAACAGAGCCACACAAGGUUAACACAACAGCCACACAAGGUCAACUCAGAGCCACACAAGGUCAACACUGAGCCACACAAGGUUAACACAGAGUCACACAAGGUUAACACAGAGCCACACAAGGUCAACACAGAGCUACACAAGGUUAACACAGAGUCACACGAGGUUAACACAGAGUCACACGAGGUUAACACAGAGCCACACAAGGUUAACACAGACACAAGGUUAACACAGAGCCACACAAGGUUAACACAGAGUCACACGAGGUUAACACAGAGUCACACAAGAUUAACACAGAGCUACACAAGGUCAAUGCACGCCAUGCCAUUUAACACAGAGCCACAAAGUCAACACAGACACAAGGUCCACACAGAGCUACACAAGGUUAACACAGAGUCACACGAGGUUAACACAGAGCCACACAAGGUUAACACAGAGCCACACAAGGUUAACACAGAGUCACACGAGGUUAACGCAGAGCCACACAAGGUCAACACUGAGCCACACAAGGUCAAUGCACGCCAUGCCAUUUAA